UGCCAUCCCAUAUUAACAACCUUCUCUCUGCAAAUUUGAGUCCCUGCUUCUAUAAAGACGCAUCCCAUGAAUCUGUCUCUCUAAUGAUCGGUGGAAACCCAAAGCACAUCGCCAUAUCACUCCUCCAAAAAUGUUUAACCUCAGCCCAGCUCAAGCAAGCCCACGCCCACCUCAUAACCCAUGGCCUAGCCCAUCACCCUGCAAUAGCUCGCCCCAUAAUCUUAAUCUCUUCUCGCCAAGAACCAGGCGAUAUGGACUAUGCAUCGAUGGCUUUCUCCAAAUUAUGCAAAUCCAACAACAAAGAAAAUCUCUUUCUCUGCAACUCCAUGAUCAGAGGCUUUGCUCAAGGUAAAACCACGCAAAAGGCCUUCAUCUUCUAUAUCCAACUUCUACACACUGGGUUUUCUCCCAAUAAUUUCACCUUCACAUUUCUAGUACAAGCUUGUGCAGUGAAUUCUGAAUUGGUUUUGAAUUUGGGUAGGCAAGCUCACUGUCAAACCUUCAAGUUUGGGUUCCAAACUGAUAUUUAUAUUCGCAAUUCUUUAAUAUCUAUGUAUUCCAUUAAUGGUGAAUUAGAAAGUUCAAGUUGCUUGUUCAAUGAAUUUCCUGAAUUUUUAGAUGUUGUUUCAUGGAAUUCGAUGAUAGAUGGGUACAUUCGAAAUGGCAAAAUUAUUAUUGCAGGCCAGUUAUUUGAUCAAAUGCCUGAAAAAAAUGUUGUAUCUUGGAAUUGUAUGAUUAAAGGGUAUGCUAGUUUUGAUCAGAUAGAGAAGGCGAGGAAGCUUUUCGAUGAAUGUAAUGAGAGAAACUCUAUAUCUUGGGCCACCAUGAUGUCUGCAUAUUCUCAUAGUGGAAGGCCCAAAGAGGCCUUAUCCUUGUUUCAAGAAAUGCAAGUAUCAAAAUUGAAGCCUAACCAUGCAACUAUGGUUAGUGUGCUCUCUUCUUGUGCUCAGCUAGGAGCUCUUGAUGAAGGUAGAUGGGCUCACUCUUAUAUUCACAAACACAAUCUCAAGCUCGAUCCAAUUCUCGAAACAGCUCUCAUUGAUAUGUAUUCAAAAUGUGGCGACGUCGAAAACGCGAUUCAAAUCUUCCGCCAAAUGCCCCAAAAGACUGUCUUUUCAUACACUUCAAUGGUGCUUGGCAUGGCCAUGCAUGGUCAUGGCACAGAUGCCCUCAAAACCUUCGAGCAGAUGAAGAGAGAUGGAAUCACCCCUGAUAGUGUGACCUUUGUUGCUGUUCUAUGUGCAUGCAGCCAUAUGGGUUGGGUUGAGAAGGGAUGGGAAUGCUUUGAUUCCAUGAUUAGUGAGUAUCAGAUUGAGCCUGAGCUUGAUCAUUAUACAUGUAUGGUACAUCUCUUAGGUCGAGCUGGUUUGUUAGAGGAGGCCAAGAGGCUCAUGGAUUCGAUGCCUAUGGAACCAGAUCAUGUCAUGUAUGGUGCCCUUUUAGGGGCAUGUAGGAUUCAUGGGAAUUUUGAGAUGGGAGAGAGAGUGGGAAAAAAGCUCAUGGAGUUUAAUGAUCAUGGUGGGGGGCGUUAUGUGCUCCUCUCUAACCUCUAUGCCGCGUCUAGUAUGGCUGAAGAUGCAAGAGGAGUGAGAAAAUUCAUGAGAAAGAGACGAAUUAGGACAACACCAGGGUGUAGUUUGAUCGAAGUCAAUGGAACGGUUCGUGAAUUUAUGGCCGGUGAUAGAAUGCAUCAAGAAAUCGAAGGCAUAAGCAUGGCAUCGGAUGAGUUGGCCAGACAGAGUUCAGCUGUUUGAGAGCGAGGUGUUGAACCAUUCUUUGCCUAUACCAGUCAAAAUGGGGUUUAAGCAGAGUUAGUCAGGAGUUGCCAAAGAUGAGAACAGGUUCUAGGCAGAGGUGAUGGAUGAGGAGGUGAAGAAAAAGGAAGAUGUUUGCUACUCGCUAGUGGAAGUGAAGUAGAUUCACGUGAUGUACUGAGUAGCAUGCAAUUUUUUGAAAAGUGCACGGCUUUUCAUGGAAACAUAAGGCCCCAUUCAUGUAGGGGUGGCAACCAAUCGGGUCCAUAUUCGGACCAGAGGUGGGAUCUACCCAUCGGAUCCCGGGUCUGGUCGGAUCCAUUGCCAUCCCCCUCCACCUCCACCUCCCCCUCCACCUCCACCUCCCCCUCCUUUUUCUUUCUUUUUUUUGUUGUAUGUAAUAACUGAGAAUUCUUGAGAAAUAAACGAAUUGGCAACGUAUAUGAAUA